AUGAGUGCAACCCAAGGAGCCCUGCUUUUAAGGAGACAACUUACUGAACUGAACAAACACCCAAUAGAAGGAUUUUCAGCUGGUUUGAUUGACGACAACGACAUUUACAAGUGGGAGGUCUUAGUCAUUGGACCCCCUGACACAUUCUAUGAAGGAGGGUUCUUCAAGGCUCACCUCACCUUCUCCGCGGACUACCCACAAAAACCACCGAAGAUGAAAUUUAUUACUGAAAUUUGGCACCCCAAUAUUGCCAAAACUGGAGACGUGUGCAUAUCCAUACUGCACGAUCCCGGAGAGGAUAAAUAUGGCUAUGAGCGCCCUGAGGAGAGAUGGCUUCCUAUACAUACGGUCGAAACAAUUAUGGUUUCUGUAAUUUCUAUGCUCACUGAUCCUAACGACGAAUCUCCGGCUAAUCUCGACGCUGCUAAGGAAUGGCGGGAUUCGAAGGAGGAGUUUAGGAAAAAGGUGGCCAACUGCGUGAAGAAAAGUCAGGAGAUGAGCUGGGACUAA